GAAGAAACUGCRAACACUCUYUUAGGUGAAGCCUAUGAGUCWYUGGGAAAAUAUCGCAAGUCAAUURAACAUUAUGAAAAGAGCMUUAGCAUUGMAAAAGAUAUUGGUGACAGAGCGGGAGAAGUAAGAAGUUACAUAUGCUUAGGAAAUGCCUAUAGGUCAAUUGGAGAAUACCAAAUAGCAAUUGAACAUCAUGAAAAAAGUCUUAGCAUUUCAAAAGAAAUUGGAAAYAGAGCGGGAGAAGAAARCAGUUACGGAAGCUUAGGAAUUACCUAUGACUCAUUAGGAGAGUAUCACAAGGCGAUURAWUAYCAUGAAAAGAGCCUUAAAAUUGCAAAAGAGAUUGGUAAGAGAGCAGCAGAAGCAAGGAAUUACAGAAACAUAGGAACUGCCUAUCAAUCUUUAGGAGAAUAUCAAAAGGCUAUUGAUUAUCAUGAAAAAAGUCUUAGCAUUGACAAAGAGAUAGGUAACAGAGAAGGAGAAGGARKCAGUUACGGAAGCUUAGGAAAUGACUAUCUUUUAUUAGGAGAAUAUCACAAGGCAWUGGAAUAUCAUGGAAAGAGAUGUGACAUUGCAAAAGAGAUUGGUAACAGAGCGGAAGAAGGAAAUGCGUACAAUGGCUUAGGAAAUGCCUAUACCUCAUUAUCAGAAUAUCACAAGGCAAUUGAAUAUUAUAAAAGAAGCAUUAGCAUCGCUAAAAACAUUGCUGAUAAAAAGAUGGAAGGAAAUGCGUACAAUAACUUAGGAGAUGCCUAUAGCUUCUUAGGAGAAUAUCACAACGCAAGUGAAUAUCUUGAAAAAAACCUUAGCAUUGCAAAAGAGAUUGGUGACAGCGCAAGAGAAGGAAGAAUUUACUUAAGCUUAGGAAUUGUCUAUCACUCAUUAGGAGAAUCUCAAAAGUCGAUUGAAUAUUUUGAAAAGAGCCAUAGCAUUGCAAUAGAGAAUGGCGACAGAAGGGGAGAAGGAAACAGUUGCGGAUGCCUAGGAAAUGCUUAUCUCGCAAUACUAGAAUAUCACAAGGCCAUUCAUUAUCAUGAAAAAAGCCUUAGCAUUGCAAAAGAGAUUGGUAAUAGAGCGGGAGAAGGACGCAUUUGCGGAAGCUUAGGACAUGGAUAUAACGGACUAGGAGAACAUCACAAGGCUAUUAAUUUUCAUGAAAAAAGCCUUAGCAUUGCAAAAGAGAUUGGUGACCGAAAGAGUGAAUUUUCCCAACUUUUUAAUAUUGGACAAUUCUACAUGACUGAAUCAAGCGUUAAAAACCUUGACAAAGCUGAAGAACAUCUCCAAAAGAGCAUUGAUUGCUUUGAAAAGGUGGUUGAUGACUUGAAAGAAAAAGACCAAUUGAAGAUAUCUUUUGUUGAUAACUAUGUACAUAGCUACAAGUUGCUAAGYGAUCUUCAACURAAGACUAAACAGAUAGAAAAAGCCUUGCUGGUAUGUGAAAGGGGACGAGCCCGUGCAUUAAGAGAUCUCUUAAGCUUGAAAUACAACACGACCGAAAAAUCUCCUUCAAAUCAAAAAGCGUUGGAUCUAGAUGAUAUCAAGACACUUUCUUCCAGUGGCAAUACCUGCAUUAUUUUCUAUGAUCUUCAUUUGAACAAACUGGCUACCCGAUGCUGGGUUUUAUCUUCACCAUCCAAUUCAAUAUUCGGUUAUAGUGAARAAUUGGAAAAAAUCAUAUCCAAUCUGUUUCAAGAAGAGGAAACAAGCAUUGAAAAUUUAGGUUUGAAACAUCUUGUUGAAAACAGCUUUCUUCAAAUGAAUGUAAGAGUGCAAAUGAAAUGUGAGGACCGAUCGUUGGAGUCACUACACUACUCUGCAUCCUGUGAAACCGCUUCAAAAGCCAGUGGAACUUCAUCCAAAGUUUCCCGAGAGAGAUGUGUCUACAUGGAAGAAGACGAUGACAAGCCAUUGCAAAUGCUGUUUCGUCGAUUAGUUACCCCAGUGCUGGACARGCUGACCACAGAGGAAAUUGUCAUUAUUCCGGAUGGCCCUUUGUUCAUGGUACCAUUCGCUGCUCUACAGGAUCCAGGCACGAGCAACUUUCUAUCUGAAACCAAACGCCUUCGCUUGGCUCCUUCUCUGACGACWUUGAAAAUACUGCAAGAUUCUUCAUGUGAUCGUCACUACAAGUCGGGUGCACUGAUCAUUGGAGAUCCUGCCGUCGGUGAAGUCAUGUAUAGAGGGAUAAAGAGAGAUAUCUAUCCUUUGUCUGGUGCAAGAGAGGAAGCCAUAGAGAUCGGAAAACUACUCGGAGUAGAACCAUUGAUAGGAGAGAAGGCAACAAAAGAAGCUGUUUUAAGCAAACUACAACAUGGUGUAUCUGUUAUUCACUUUGCUGCUCAUGGCAGUGCAAGAAAUGGAGAGAUUUUCCUGACCCCUUCUAAACCUUCACCAUCGAGCACAGCUACCCCAGAAGAGAAGGACUACAUCUUGACAAUGAAGGAAGCACAGGAAAGUGGAGUUCGUGCCAAACUUGUUGUACUCAGCUGUUGCCAUAGUGGUCGAGGUGAGAUCAAAGCAGAAGGUGUAGUUGGAAUGACUCGAGCAUUUCUUGCUGCAGGAGCCCGUGCCGUUGUAGCGUCCUUGUGGGCCAUUGAUGACCAAGCUACUAUGUUCUUUAUGGUGAAAUUCUAUUCACACCUAAAGAAAGGAGAGAGUGCCAGUAGGAGUCUACAGCAAGCAAUGAAGGAUAUGAGAGAA